AUAACUUGAAGAAAUAUGUUGAUCGACAUCCAUUGCGUGUGGAGGAGAAAGAAGUCAAGGAUGAUCGGAACGGGAGCAAACUUAAUUGGCGCAAUCGUGAUAAACUCUUGUUUGAUAAUGGGGGAAGUGGAUACAGACGAACGAAAUGUAUUUAUUGUGAUUCCCGUGAGCAUUCUGCUGUAAAGUGUACAAAGGUUUUGAGUGUGGCUGAUCGUCGGGGCAUAAUGAGGCAAUUAAUAGAAAGCUUGCUUCAAAUGUGUAUUACCAGGACAUCCUGCAUCAACAUGCCGUGCGCGAGGGUGGCACAAGUGUGGGAGAAGCACCAUACCUCAAUAUGCCGACAACAGGAAAAAUCGUGACUGGAUGUCUGGAUGGUAUGAACAACAGCCUAAUGGAAAAGAGUAUGAGUAGUACCCUUCAAAACACUUCAGCAAUUCACCCAACCUUACUCGCAAAUGUCGAAGGCAAACAAGUGCGUCUCAUGAUUGAUACAGGAGAGAGCAGUUCGUAUAUCUGUACUGAUGUUAUUACCAAGUUAGGAUUACAGCCAGCCAGGAAGGAGAGACGUUGCUGGAUCAAUGACCAAAGUCGUUAAGGUUUACAACGUAACUGUUAAAUCGACAAUCGGGAACGAAUUCAAAGUUGACCUGGAGUGCAUCAACGCAGAGAAACCCAUCCUGACCCAUUUACCAAAUCCAAACGUUGAGCAAGUGAAGAGGAAGCAACCACGCCUGCGUCGACUAAACAUUAGUGAAGAGAAGUCAACUGGAGACACCCUACCUGUUCAUAUCAUGCUGGGAGUUACUGAUUUUCAACGCAUCAAGUCUAGUGAACCACCAAUAUUGGGUAACCAACCAGAGAAGGAUCCAGAAGCAGAAUUUACAAUGUUGGGGUGGCUGUUAGGUCGCACCGUUUGCAAG